AUGUCUGCAGCUUCUUCAAGAUGGGAUCCUUUAAAGCCAAUCAUAAGUUGGCUGAUGGUACUGAUUUUGCUCAAAAUCAGUUUUGCAUCUACGGAGCCUGAUAUUGAAGGUGAAGCACUGAUCGAUUUGCUUACAGCACUGAAUGAUUCCAAUGGCCGAAUUGACUGGAAUAAUCAUCUUGUCAGCCCAUGUUUUAGCUGGGCUCAUGUCACUUGUAGAAAUGGCAAUGUCAUAUCCCUGAGCCUGGCAUCAAAUGGAUUUUCUGGAACACUUUCUCCUUCCAUUGUCAAAUUAAAAUAUUUGUCCAGCCUGGACUUUCAAGAUAAUAGUCUAACAGGUACGUUACCUGUUUAUCUUGCCAACUUGACACAUCUCCAGAAUCUAAACUUUGCAAAUAAUAACUUCAGAGGUCCUAUACCGGAUAGUUGGGGUCGACUUUCCAGUUUAAAGCAUUUGGUAUUGAAAGGUAAUGACAUCUCUGGUGAUAUUCCGGAUUCACUUUCUAAUAUCACUGGUUUGACUGAAUUGGAUCUUUCAUGUAAUGAUUUAGCUGGAAAAAUUCCAAUGCAACUGUUCACGGUUCCAACUUUCAAUUUUACAGGAACUCGUCUUACUUGUGGCUCUAGCUUGAAGCAGCCUUGUGCUUCUGGCUCUUCUCUUGGAGUUUCAACCAAGAAAUCAAAACUUGGAAGAGUUAUAACUUUGGCAAGUUGUGGCAUUACUAUACUUCUUUUUAUCGGGGCUAUAUUUGGAUGUCGAUAUUAUCACAUGAACAAACUGAAGCAUGAUGUGUUUGUUGAUGUUGUGGGUGAAUAUGACUGCAAAAUAUCCUUUGGCCAAUUGAGAAGAUUUUCUUGGCGUGAAAUUCAACUUGCCACAGAUAAUUUCGAUGAGAGUAACAUAAUUGGACAGGGAGGCUUUGGAAGAGUUUACAGAGGUGUUCUCUCAGACAAUGUAAAAAUUGCAGUUAAACGCCUUACGGACUAUAACAGUCCUGGUGGAGAGGCUGCAUUCCUGAGAGAAGUACAACUUAUUAGUGUUGCUGUUCAUAGGAAUCUUUUACGGUUGAUUGGCUUUUGCACAACUGCAUCUGAAAGGGUCCUUGUUUAUCCAUUCAUGAAAAACCUGAGUGUUGCGUAUCGCUUGAGAGAUCUGAAACCAGGAGAGAAAGGCUUGGACUGGCCAACAAGGAAGCGCAUCGCUUUUGGUGCAGCCAAUGGCUUGGAGUAUUUACAUGAGAAUUGCAAUCCUAAGAUUAUCCACCGGGACUUGAAGGCUGCAAACAUUCUUCUAGAUGAUGAUUUUGAGCCUGUUCUUGGAGACUUUGGGCUAGCAAAGCUAGUUGAUACAAAAGCAACUCAUGUUACUACUCAAGUGCGUGGCACCAUGGGUCAUAUUGCCCCUGAAUAUCUGUCCACUGGAAAAUCUUCAGAAAAGACUGAUGUUUUUGGAUACGGUAUCACCCUUCUCGAACUAGUCACUGGUCAGCGUGCAAUAGAUUUUGCUCGGCUUGAAGAAGAGGAGGAUGUUCUUCUGCUUGACCAUAUCAAGAAGCUGCAGAGAGAAAAUAGGCUUGAUGACAUUGUGGAUGGAAAUAUGAAGACCUAUGAUGUAAAAGAAGUCGGGACUGUCAUUCAGGUUGCAUUGCUCUGCACCCAGAGCUCACCCGAGGACCGUCCAACAAUGGCAGAAGUGGUUAGAUUGCUGCAGGGAGUAGAUUUAGCAGAGAGAUGGGCUGAGUGGGAGCAGCUUGAAGAUGUAAGGAGUCGUGAAUUCUCGCUCGUGUCACACCAGUUUGCAUGGGCUGAGGAGUCUACACAUGAUCAAGUAGCUAUACAGUUGUCCAAGCCAAGAUAGUUAAGUAGCAAUGUAGUUGUCCAAGUGAGUAUAGUUUGUUCUCCUACAAGCACCAACUGAAAAUUAACCCGAGUCUCUACUGCAUAUCUUGAAUAAUGUGUGCUAAUUCUAUUUGUAUUUGUG